GUAGCACACAAAGUCACUCAGACAUCACUAUGAUGUCAUAAUUUGACUUUCGUGAUAUCAGAAAAUGACAUUUGCAAUAAAAUCCAAAUUAAAAGUGAGAAAUGAUAUCCAAGCAGGUUUUGGGACUCUAUUAUGCUCUAUAAAGAUCACCCAGUCAGAAUUUUUCAAAAAAUUAAUAAUUUAUAAAAAUCAAUUUCUGACAUCUGACUGACAUCACUGUGAUGUUUGUUUGACAUCACUGUGAUGUCAGAUACUCCAAAAAUAAAAAUGGCCUUAAAAGUUGAGAAAAUAUUUAAUUCGCGCACAUCCGAGACCAAUUUUUCGAAAUUUUAAUUUUUUUGGCCCAUCUCAUUUUCUGACUUCUGACUGACAUCACUGUGAUGUUUGUCUGACAUCACUAUGAUGUCAGACAGUCCAAAAUUAAAACUGGCCUCAAAAGUUCUAAAAAUGUAUAAUUCGCGCUCAUCCGUAACAAUUUUUCGAAAUUUUUAAUUUUCUGGCCCACUUGCAAGCAAAGCACUUAUCGAUGUGGACUUAGCACAAUUUGACGCGCGCGGUUUCUCACAUUCAAGCGCUCGGUCACCAGGCGGCAGCACCGGCAGCAGCGAUCAUGCAGCAAGCUGAGCGAGCGAGCCUGACUGAAGUUGCGCGGCCAUGUUUAAUAGUGAGAGCAGACUAAUUCGCGCCAUAAAGAGUUUUUACAGUGGUAAAGACCGUGUGUGAAGUUCGGAGUUCACGACACAUGCAGGGCAUCUAGUUGUUUGUGUCCCGCUUUUGCUGCACAAGAUUGUCGUCGGCAUUGUAAGUAUACCCGCCUCUGCUAUCAUGGAUUUGGGUGAUAAUAGGAAAGAUGUGGAAAAAAGAAGUAAGCAGACUCGUCGUGAAAUCGCUCGAGUUUUAGACAAAUUGGAUAGAGAAUCGGGAGGAGAAUCAAGUUCUGACGAUGGUAGCCCAAGCCCAAGUUUUACCGAAAAGAACAUCGAUGAAGAUCACGUUAUUGGUGGUGAAAUCCCAGCAAAUUUAGAAGAAGUACAAACUGCCAGCGAAUUUAGCUCCGAGGAGAGCUUUGAUGAAGAACAGUUACAGCAAAGUGAUGAUUCUGAGGAACUACAACAAAGUGUGUUUGAUAUAGAAGAUGAGGAAGGAGAAGACAGUGGUGUGGGGCAACCAAUUGACACAAAAGACCCUUCAAUUCUUAGUCAUAUUGUGAACUGGGCCUUGAAGUUUUUAGUUUCUCUUGUUGCUCUGAGAGCACUUCUGUUCAUUUUGAGACAGCAUCCUUGUUUUGCGGAGUUUCCAAAAGACCCGCGGACAUUGCUUAAAUCUCCAAGAAGGACGAAAGUUGAAUCAAUCCCACCUGGAGAAUAUAUACACCUUGGAAUCAGCGAAGGGUUAAAAAACAUUUUUUCGUGCACACUGUGUGACAUAGAUAUCAUUAACAUUGACAUUGGUAUCGACGGUGUUCCAUUGGCUAAAAGUGGGGGCCAUGACUCGUACCCAAUCUGCGCUGCCGUCAAAGUUAGAGACAACGAAUAUGUAUACACUGUCGGCCUAUACCAUGGCGAGGAGAAGCCAAAUUCUUCCAAUGCGUUUUUAAAGCCAAUGAUUGACGAAGCUCUCCAACUGCAUGAGCAUGGUCUAGAGAUCAAUGGAAAGAUUAGGAUGGUAAAAAUUAGAAACCUAUGCGCGGAUGCCCCUGCCCGUUCCUUUGUGCUUAAAACUAAGUACUUUAACGGCUAUUUUUCCUGUCCUAAAUGCAAAAUCCGCGGCAAAAGAAAAUUCGGGACAGUCUGCUUUACAGUAAAAACAUUAAGAAAACCUGAGGAAAGGACAGAUGCAGACUUCCGGGCCAAGCAAGAUAAGGAGCAUCACCACGGCACAUCCGAGCUAGAACGACUUCCUUAUUUUGACUGCGUUAAAAACGUUACUCUGGACUACAUGCACGUUGGCUGCCUUGGUGUGAUGCGAAAAGAAAUGAAACUACGUGUUUCAAACCGUGCUGGUUCGAAAGGUCGGCUCGCCAGACAAAAUAUCCAGCAGCUCGACAAAAUACUGACUGGCUUAACCAACUACAUCCCUUCGGACUUCUCGCGGAAAUGCCGCCCUCUCAAGUUCCUGGACUUCUAUAAAGCCACGGAAUUCCGGCUAAUCAUGCUUUAUACCGCCCCUUUCAUCUUCCGAAGUGUCUUAGAUGAUGAAGGAUACAGAAAUAUCUUGCGACUUCAUUGUGCCAUGAGAAUUCUUGCAUCGCAAGAUUUAUGCAUCUCCAUGAACACGGUAGCACAGCGGUUGCUUGACGAAUACGCAAGAAUUUUCGCAAGGAUUUACGGUAAAAGCAAAGUGAGCCACAAUGUUCAUGUCAUCACUCACCUCCCGAACGAUGUUUUAAUCAAUGGCCCGCUCGAUAAUUUUUCGUGCUUCAAAUUUGAAAAUUACUACCAAGUCUAUAGGAAACUAGUGAGAUCAGGAUACAAAAUGCUGCAACAAAUUGCAAGAAGGGUCAGCGAGUUAAAUCAAAACUUGGUCCAAGAACAAACAUGGAAACUAGCAGAAAAUGGUGCCAGUCAGCAUCACGAAAAUGGCCCUCUGGUAGCUGGUUGCUCUUCGCCACAAUAUAAGAAACUUGUCACAAACUCUGCCAAGAUUGGUAUUGCCCCACCAGAAAAUUGUGCUAUGAUCGGAAAUGAAGUUGUCCUUAUUGAAAACAUUGCGACGAAAAACGAAGACAUCUUUGUGAUUGGACGAGCAUUUGAGCGGAAAACAGAUUAUUUUCGCAACCCCGAAUUUUCAAGUUUGCUUGGUGAAUUCAAGUGCAAAAGAUUGGGCCCACUGAAGUGUUGGAGAGCAAGAAACGUAACUGCAAAAUGCAUCGCAAUUAAAAUUAGUGAAUCGAGCUACUUUGUCUCAAGACUGAUUCACACAUAAAGAUGUUCAGCGUUGUACACUUCCCUGCAUCUAAAACAGUUGAUGCAGUGCCCUCUCACUGGAUCAAAAAUGGAAGAGUCCCUUGGCCAGAGACGGGCAUGAGCAAGGCGACAUUGAAAA